CGCACACACGCAUUUUUCCACACACUCCUCACCUGCGCUCUUUCGACAUCUCACAGGCUGCUCAGAGAAGAGGAGCAAUGACUGGCCAUCACUGGGGAUACGGAGAGGACAAUGGUCCAUCGGCAUGGCACAAAGAUUAUCCCAUAGCUGAGGGGAAUCGCCAGUCACCUAUAGAUAUAGUCCCUUCAGAAGCUGUGUUUGAUGCCAGACUGUCUCCAAUCUCACUGUCUUACAACAACUGCACCUCUCUCAGCAUAUCUAACAAUGGUCAUUCAGUGGUGGUGGAGUUUGUUGACACUGAUGAGAGAUCAGUGAUUGCAGGAGGUCCUCUGGAAAACAUGUACAGGCUUAAACAGUUUCACUUCCACUGGGGAAGCAAGGGUUGCUGUGGCUCUGAACAUACGGUUGCUGGAAAAACGUUUGUUUCUGAGCUUCAUCUGGUUCACUGGAACGCCAAUAAAUACAAGUCCUUUGGUGAGGCUGCAGCUGCCCCUGAUGGUCUGGCGGUGCUUGGCAUCUUUCUGGAAGUUAGUCUCAGUGGGAAUCUAGACUCAUUUAAGAUUUGUGUCUAUCUAUAUACAGGUGAUGAGCACAGAGCUCUUCAUCAAAUAACAGAUGCCUUGUAUAUGGUUAGAUUCAAGGGCAGCGUUGCUGAAUUUAAGGGCUUUAACCCGAAGUGCCUCCUCCCGAACAGUCUUGAGUACUGGACAUACCCGGGCUCUCUCACCACUCCUCCGCUGUAUGAGAGCGUCACGUGGAUUGUGCUGAAAGAGCCUAUUUAUGUGUCAGAGAAGCAGAUGGGGAAGUUUCGCACGCUCCUGUUUAACGGUGAGGAGGAAGAAGACCGAAAUCGUAUGGAGAACAACUACAGACCACCACAACCAUUGAAAGGCAGGAUGGUGCGAGCCUCUUUUAAAUAGCCUGGUUGCUUAUCGAUGAGCU